UGUCUGUCGUGUCUAAUCUCCAACGGUGCGAAUGUUGGAAGAAUGGAGGCACACCAAAGGCCAAGAAUGGCGGCAAUAUCAAUUACUAAAUGCCAACCCUAACCCCACUUCUAUUAUUCCUAAUAAUAGCCCAUCCCCUCUUUUUCCCUUUUCGAAACUCUGAUAGGCACUCCAUAAAUAUCAAGAGCCGUGAUAAAGCCAUGAAUGAGCUAUGAGCAGGAGGAGGAGGUUACUGCAGGAAUACGUGGCUGAGCACUGAGCUAGCUGGUUUUGGUGAUUCCCAAUAACCAGAAUUGGGGUUUUUCUUCCUUUCCCCUGUUCAAUUCAUUAGAUUCAUUUCCUUGGUGGAGUUUGUGUGUGUGUGCAUUUUCUUAGGGUUUUCUCGUCCUUCAAUUUGGGGAUUUAGUGGCUUAGUUCGAGAGGGUAAGGCUGUUUCGCCAUUUCCGGCAAAGAAAGUGGGUAUGGAGAGAGGAGCCAUUGCGGGCAAUGGAUUGAGCACUUCGGACAAGAAAUCAUCGUCAAACAGUGAUGCUGCUGCUCGUUCUAUGAAAGCGCACAGUACCGAAGCAUUCCUUUCCAAGAGUUUCGUGACGGGCGCCGUCCGUAAAGCGGACAAUCUGGACCGUCCGUUCGAUGGCGGUACUGGUGGCGGAGGAAGUGGUAGUGCCAGUGGUGGUGGUGGUGGUGGAGGCGUGGGCCCCACGGGCAGUAACAGCUUCGGCGGAGCUAACGAGGCUUUGGGCAAUAUAAACCGUGAUGAUGUCUAUGUCUCGUCUUCUUCCUGUGGAAAUUUCGCAAAGUCUGUUACUACUACUGCUACUACUAACCUGCAGCCUUUUGACAUGUUCGCUCCUGCAGCUACUUACAAAUCCCCAGUGGCUAUGGCGGCGAGCGUGGGGUUCCCUUUUACAUCUGCUCAAUGGAGGGAGCUGGAAAGGCAAGCUAUGAUUUAUAAAUACAUGAUGUGUUCUGUGCCGGUGCCUCCUGAGCUGCUCUUCCCUCUCGCGAAGAAUUUCCCUCCUCCUGCAGCGGCGUCGGUUUUAGAUUCUUCUGCUUCCUCUGUGUACAAUGUGAGAUUUUCGAGAAAUGGCGAUCCAGAGCCUGGGAGAUGCAAGAGGACCGAUGGGAAGAAAUGGAGGUGCUCGAGAGACGUGGCGCCACACCAGAAGUACUGCGAGCGUCACUUGCACAGAGGACGUCCCCGUUCAAGAAAGCCUGUGGAAGUUAAAAGCAGCAGCAACAACAAUGGGGAAAGCCACAAGAGGACACGUCUUGAGCAGGGCAGCCAUGGCCGCCCCUCUGCUUCUGCUUCCCAACAGGUAGCUACUACUGAAAAUGGUAAUGAUCCUCCACCCCCUCUGUUGCUGUUCAAUUCCAAGACUGAUAUCGGCAUCUCGGCGGCGGCGGCGGCGGCGGAUGCAAUUUCUUACAAGGGACCUAGCAGAGAUUUGGGGCUGAUGAGUGGAAUGGUUAAUCUGAAUGCCGACGAGCAACGCUGGUCGCCAUUAUUGGGACCUAAUAUGGGAUUUUCCACCGAGGGGUCAUCUUCUUUAUACAGCUGCUCUGGUCCUGCUUUCGAUCAAGGCUUUGAGGAUCACCAUCAUUCGCUGAAUCUGUUUACUUAUUCGAACGAAAUUGAGCCUCCUACAGGUUUCAUAGAUGCUUGGUCAAUCGAUAACCUCAACAAUGGAAGCCACAACAACAGCGAAGGGAAUGGAAAAUCAAUGAAUCAGGGCCCUUCGCUCGAUCUAUCCAUGGCAAUGGCUGUUGGAAGCAUCUUAGAUGAAGGAAUGGGGAAGGUUCAGCUCGAAUGCUACAACGAGCAAUCCAAGAAUUCGAAUUGGCUGUCGUCCCAUGUUUCUUGGCAGCCAUUUGCGCAAGGAGGGCCAUUAGCUGAAGCUCUACACCCGGGGUCGAUGAAUCCUCCUUCGCCCCAUGACUCCAUCAGCACCCCGGCCACUACUGUAUCGUCGCCUUCCGGAGUACUUCAGAGGACCUUCUUCUCGCACUCUGAUAGCAGUGUUUGCAAUAGCCCGACGUUUGCCGCAGCUCAUGCUUCCGAAGUUGCAUUCCCGAGGUUCAAUCAGAUCGAGUAGAAGCUAUAAGACAUGUUGAUAAUUUGGUCGUCGGCGGACGGGAAUGAGAGUCGUUUCUUCGACGAAUGCCCCGAUUGCUCUCUGCUCGGGCUCGACUGCCUGUUCCUCGGCGUGCUGUGUGGUCUGACUCUUGCCAUGGCUGAAGCAGUUGCUGCCAUGUAAUUAGGCCGCGGCAAGGGGCACGAGGAUUCUCCGACGCUUAUUCUGCGGCGGUAAAUUGACGAGCACGACGUCGGAGUUUCGGAGGAUUGGUGGCUCAUUUCCUCUGUUUGGCUGCAGGAAUGGACAUUGAUGGAGGUUGGAGUUCUUGGAGAUUGAACUUGUAGGUUGCAUAAGGUCUUCGAUUUUCUCGUGUUCUUGCCGCCGCGCCGCUCGUAAUUGUUGUCCGAAACUUGGUCUUGAUCAUCGUCAAACAAGACUUGUCCUAGAGUUGUCUUCGUCUGUUUAAAUGAGAAUUCUUUUGCUCUCUGUAUUAGAAUCUGGAUUUCCUCGACUGCUCGCCGGCCGUGGUCGCCGGAGAUGGUUGAAAUUCUAGGUUGCUGCGAUAACAAGAGGUCGAAAAAUUUGUUAGAA